AACUCGUUAAAUUCUUUUUUGUAUCGCCCGUUCGUAAUCGAGCUGUCCUUCAGAAGCUCCGCAAAUCGGUGCUUCUGCACCGAAAGAAGCAGCAUGAAUUACUACAUGCCGAGACGUGAUGAAACGUGCGAGAAGAAAUGCGACGACGUUUCGUUGGAGCCUCGUGCGGCUCGUAUAAUGGCAAGGCGAUACGCACUGACAACCACGGAAUUCAAAUUCCUCGAAAUUGGCAUCAGAGUGGAUCCGCCGAGUUACGUGGAGAUUGCCAUAAGAGAUCAUCGUGGAAAACAGCUAAUACUAUCUCUCGAAACGUGGAAAGGACUCUACGAGCAAUGUCACGCUAUUCAAAAUUAUCUGAACAAUGAUACCACUAAAGAUGUGUACAAUUUCAUAAGUGUUGGACCGCAUGAGAAUGGUCAAAUCGACAUUACACCGAAUGUUCGAGCUCGAUCCAUGCAUCGAGCUAACGUUUGAUCGAUUGACGAGACUAACUGCAACAGUAGACAUCAAAUUUACGCAAUUCUCAAAUGUAGCAUCUGCUGUAAGAUGCUAAAGAUUUGCCGAAUGCGAUACGCGCUAGCGACGCCUUUAACAAGCAUCAACUCGUCGAUUGCGAGCUGGUGGCUUUAGUCCUUAGUUCUUAACA